UAAUUUUGUCAUUUAAUUUAAUAACAAACACUAUAAAAAUAUAAAAAAAAAUAUAUAUUUAUAAGAAGAAAUUUAAGAAAUAGUAAAAAAAAAAUAUUGAAAAAUAAUUUGGAAAAAAAAUUACAGUUGCAGUCCAAAGUGUGUUGAGGAAGUCGGGGUCCUGCUGGGCAGCUGGAGAGCCUCCAGGAUGAAGCCGCCGCCGAAAUCCAGCGCUCUGAAGAAUCUCCGCCCGAAGCUCGGCGGCAGCUGUACUAGCUGUGACGAUGAUUCACCGGAAGUGCCUCCACCGCUCCCCGCGUCACCGCCCUCCCUCACCCUGCCGCCCCCCCUUGUCAACUUCAUCCGGAGCCGCCUGAAGCCGCCCAAGUCGCAGAAGUGCAUCUUCUACAGCACCGACUGGGAGAAGUCGGCGCUGCUCACCAACUUCCAGAAGCGGGGCUGGCUCCAGGUGCCCUCGUUCGGCGGCGAGUGGAACUUCUACUGGGCAUGCACCCAGAACUGCCGGUACAUCUUUGGGAUCGAUCAUCCCUACAGGAUGCGUUCUGAUCAAAUGAUAAACCACUUUCCCAACUCCGUGGAACUGUCCCGCAAGGACCUGCUGAUCAAGAACAUCAAGCGCUACCGCAAGGAUCUAGAGCGACGUGGUGAUCCCCUGGCCCAGACCCUGUCCCCGGACACGAAACUGGGGAUCGGUGGAACGCGGUACAAGCACCUGGACAUCAUACCCCUGACCUUUGUCCUGCCGGCCGACUACCAGCUGUUCGUGGAGGCCUUCCACCAGAACCCGGUGAGCACCUGGAUCGUGAAGCCCUGCAGCAAGUCGCAGGGCGUGGGCAUCUACCUGGUGAACAAGUUGUCCAAGCUGAAGAAGUACGCCUACGACGCCAGGACCUUCUAUCCGGCAAUGAACCGGGACACCUGUGUGAUCUCCAAGUACAUUGAGAAUCCCCUCCUGAUUGGCGGCAAGAAGUUCGAUCUGCGGCUCUUUGUCCUGGUCACGACCUUUAAUCCCCUGAAGGCCUACCUCUACAACGAGGGAUUCUGUCGGUUCUGCACGGAGAAGUACGACCAGGCGGAGAUCGACAAUGUAUUCAUGCACCUGACCAACGUCAGUAUCCAGAAAACGAAUGAGGAGUACAAUUCCAUACACGGUGGCAAGUGGCCUCUCCAGAAUCUUUGGCUCUACCUGGACAGCCUCCGGGGCGAGGGUGUUUCGGAUAUAUUGUGGCGCCGCAUCUCGGACACCAUCCGUCACUCCCUGGACGCGGUGGCUCCAGUAAUGGCCAACGACCGGCACUGUUUCGAGGUCUACGGCUACGACAUCAUCAUCGACAACAGCCUGAAGCCGUGGCUGAUCGAGAUCAACACCUCGCCCUCGAUGCACUCCACCACCACCAACGACAGGAGCCUCAAGUCGCGCCUCAUCGACAACGUCCUGGACGUGGUGGUCCCCCCGAACAGUCUGCCAGACGAACACUGGGAUAAAAUCCCGAAGCCAGAGUUGUUGAAAAACUUCACCGUCCUGAUGCCCAUUCCGCACCAGAAGCAUUCGUCGACGGGUGCCGGGGGGGCCACCCGGUCGGGGGGAUCGCGCCGCAAGGGCAGAUCCUCCAAGAAGAAGAAAAGCCCACCCGCCGAGGGGGCGGAGAUGAACGCCAGAAAGGGCAAGGGCGGCGGAGGCGGCGGCACCAGCACCAGCACCGGCACCGGCACCGGCAAGGAGAAGCUGCGACGAUAACAUGCCAUUUCCUUAGUCCUUUCCCGCCUGGAGGGCUCUCUGGAGGGAUCUCUGGAAUGUCGUUCUCUUUUCGAAAUUUUCGUAACAUUUAAUUCGCAAUUCUCAAAUCGGUAUCGCACAAAAUUAUACUUAGAGAGUAGAGUACACACAAAAAAAUUAAAGUAUCGUAUAUAUAAUCGCUAUAUAUAGAGGCUUAGGCUCUA